AUGAACGACUCGGUGUUGGUGACUCGCUCGACUUACAUUCGUAAACUCAGCUACAGAACUCUAUGUAAAGUGGCUGACUUUUUAGACCCUCAGGACAGAUGGAAGGACGUCAUCAUUUACAUCCGGAAGUCGGACGGCCAGUUUAGGUACACUCAGAAUCAUGUCAGGCGAUUUGAGGGCCUUGUUGCUCAGGGUAAGAGCCCAACAGUGGAGCUUCUGCAUGACUGGGGCAUGUUCAACGCCACAGUGGGAGAAUUAGUGGACAUUCUCAAGAGUAGCAAGUUACUGGCUGCUGCCAGCAUAUUGUUACCAGAAGUCGUGCUCUCUAUAGAGACACCACGAGCAUCUCCUGCAACAGAACCCAGCAGCACACGUCUGCCCUGGAGGAAAGCUGAGACAGAGAAGAUGACCUUAGCCCCUGUUGCUGAUGAACAGCAGACUCCAAUUCAGCUGAAGAAUGGUGAACCGGACCACGAACAAGGUUCCACUAGUUUUUCAUACAGUCAACUGAGGGAAAUUACUAGAAACUUUGACGAUCGCCCCACGUCUGAGGGCGGCUGUCGACUUGGAGAAGGUGGUUUUGGGACGGUCUACAAAGGUUUUCUGCAGGACAAACCAGUAGCCGUGAAAAAACUCAACAUGAUAGAUGACGUCUCACCCAAUGAGCUACAAAUUCAGUUCAACCAAGAGGUUCAAACGCUGACAGUGUUGAAACAUGAAAACCUAGUGGACAUGGUAGGCUACUCCUGUGAUGGACAGGUCCCGUGUUUGGUGUAUGCCUUCAUGGCUAACGGAUCCCUGCUGGAUAGGCUGGCUUGUUUUGAAGGAAGUCCUCCACUGUCCUGGCGACAGAGGUGCUUGAUAGCUGAAGGCACUACAAGGGGUUUGGAAUAUUUGCACAGCAACCAUCAUGUCCAUAGAGAUGUGAAAAGUGCAAAUAUCCUCUUGGAUGAAAAUUUAGUAGCCAAAAUUUCAGACUUUGGCCUGACAAGAGCCUCAGCAAAGCAGACGGCAACAACCAUGAUGACAGAAAGGAUCGUAGGUACUUGUGCAUAUAUGGCACCCGAGGCGCUGAGAGGGGAGAUCACGCCAAAAUCAGACAUCUUCAGUUUUGGAGUGGUGCUGUUAGAAAUAUUAUCCGGGCUCUCACCAGCAGAUGAAAACCGGGAGCCGCAGCUUUUGAUUGACAUGAGACACGACAUCGACGAUGAAGAUGAGGAGCUCACUCUAGAGUCCUUUAUUGACGAGAAUAUGAGCGAUUGGGACAUGAGCCAGGUGCAGACUGUCUACUCUCUGGCCAGCAGCUGCCUCCAAGAGAGGAAGAACAGACGGCCGCUCAUCACACAAGUAUGA